GCUUUCGAACACCCUGGGGCAGCUGGGAAACCCCAUGGCACAAGCUUUCGCAUUUACUAUUCACCACAAAUAACACAUAAACGUUGCCCAUCAUGGGCAAAAAGUCUCGCUAUCAGAAGAAAAAGUUCGAGAAGAGAAAGGGCCCGAAGAAGUCGACCGGCGAAUAUGGAGACAUUGUCCAGAAAAACGAAAAGUUCGAGCACUAUUACAAGACGCAGGGUAUUCUUGCCGAAGACGAGUUUGACAAGUUCGUAGACUCGCUGAAGGUUGUUCUUCCUACGAGUUUCAGAAUUACGGGAAGUCGCAGCCAUGCGGAAGAGCUUCGUGACUUGAUGAUCAAGGAAUACUUUCCGUCUAUGGAAGAUUUCGAGGUUGACGGCGAAAAGGUUGAGGUCCCCAAGCCACUCCCGUGGUACCCCGAUCAGCUUGCAUGGGUCUCAACAAUCUCCCGACAUGCCCUGCGAAAGUCCGCUGAACUAGCAAAGUUCCACCGAUUCCUUGUUGCGGAGACUGAAGUGGGCAAUAUUAGUCGGCAAGAAGUGGUGAGCAUGAUUCCUGUCGAAUUGUUGGACGUAAAGCCAAAUCACUCGGUCCUGGAUAUGUGUGCGGCGCCCGGAAGCAAAACUGCACAGAUUCUGGAGGCAGUUCACGCUGACGAGUCGGAGGCGAUCCCUGAUGGCCUGGUCAUCGCCAACGACGCGGAUCAGGCUCGGUCGUACAUGUUGGUCAAGCAGGCCAAGCGUCUGCAGAGUCCCUGUUUAAUGGUCACCAAUCACGACGCACAGCAGUUCCCGGCGAUAUAUUUCACACCAAAGGAUCUGCCGGAAGCAAAAACUCUACGGUUUGACCGCGUACUCGCUGAUGUGCCUUGCAGUGGUGAUGGAACAUUCCGCAAGAACAAAAACAUCUGGAAGACAUGGACAGUGGGCAACGGAAACGCGCUUCACCGGGUCCAGUUGCCGAUCUUGCUCCGAGGAUGCGCUCUGGUGAAGGUUGGGGGCCGUAUCGUGUACUCGACGUGCUCCUUUAACCCGAUGGAAAACGAAGCCGUGGUGGCAGCCGCCAUUUCGCAGUGCGGUGGGGCCUUCCGGCUCGUAGAUGUAUCGAAAGAGCUACCUGGCCUCAUUCGUCGACCAGGGAUGACAAGCUGGAAGGUUCAACAUAAGGACGGCACGUUUUACGAGUCGUACGAAAACAUUCCAGAAGCAAGCAGACACCAGAUGGUGCAGACACUCUUCCCACCAGCUAACGCGGCAGAGAUGAACCUUGAACGAUGUGUUCGCGUUUACCCGCACGAUCAAAACACGGGAGGUUUCUUCGUUGCUGUGCUGGAAAAGGUGGCCCCAUACGGUGCCCUAGACAAGCUGGAAGGCAAAGGAGCACCAAUCUCGGAAGCAGAGGCUGCCGCAACGAACGACGCUACGACUGUCGCAGACGUGAAAGAUAACAGCAUCGCGAGAAAGCGGGUGUCUGAAGGAGACAGCGAACGGGAAGCGAAGCGGAUACAUUUUGAAGAGAAUGAAUCUAAAGAAGAUGGUCACUCGAAAGCUACUUCUUCAGACGAAGCCGUCGAGCCUCAGAAAAAGAAGGCGGCGUGGAAAGGAAGCGAGAGCCCCUUUGUAUUCUUGAACCGAGAUGAUCCCGAGUUGCUGGCAAUUAGGGAGUACUACGGACUGAGCGACAAAUUCCCCAAGGACAACUUUGUCGUCCGGUCUGAAAACGACUCUUGGAAAACGGUAUACUUUGUUUCGACAGCUGUCCGCAAUAUCGUCACAGCCGGAAACUCGUAUCGCCUGAACAUCGUAAACAGCGGAAUUGUGACCUUUACGCGAAACUCCGCACACGACGGAGGUGCCGGCAGCCCCUUUCGUCUCAGCAACGACGGCCUGUCUACGAUCGCACCCUUUGUGUCCGACAAGUGUGUCAUCCAAGCAUCACUGGCCGAUAUUAAGGUUUUGCUGCCGAUGAGUUACCCGAAGUUUACGAAAUUCAGCGACGAGAUGAGGGAGAUUUUCGAGAAAUUGCGUAAGUGGUUGCAAGCCGCUCGAUUUUGAUUCCGGAUUUUCUGGAACAUUGUAUUCACCGGAGUUGUUGUACAGCUGUGGGAUGCUGUAUCGUCAAG